GUUUGUUUAUUUCAAAUUGAUUUUGUCCAAUGCAUUUUAGUCAUCAAUUCUUUUCGUGAUGUUCUCGGGGGAUCGUCAUUUUGUUGUCAUUAAUGUUAUUAAAGCAUAAAGGUUUUUGAGAUUGGGCUUUUUUUUUUUGGAGUCACUGCUGAUUAUGGAGUCUCCGACUUGUACGGUAUCGUUCCCCCGAACGGCCAGCCAAGUUCCUGUGACAAACUCCGGCUCGGACUAGUCUUUGAACCAUAGAUAGGAUUAGAUUAUUUUUGUGUAAUCCAAAGUAUUCCUUCUGAUUUGAUUACAGUUCUAAUGAUUAUAUCUGUUACAUUUAUUCUAUGUGUUUACAAUGAUUUUCAGCCAGUAUUAGACUCAAAUGAAUAGCUGAGAGACUAUCUUUGCUUCUAAUGUUGGUUCGUUGGUCUUGCAUUUCCUGAGUGGUUUAAUACUUUAGAUAUCUUCAAAUUAACCAUUUACUGGUGGGAGCUGCCUUUUAAGGUGGUCGACUUGAAAACCUAUAAAAAUUGCAACGCCAUGACUUGAACAAUUAGUGUAAGCUUAUGAGUUGCUGCUAUUCUCUUGUCUGACAUUACAAGGAGAAGCUCCUUGUGAAUUUAUAGUGUCUUUUAUAUCACAAAGUGUUAACAGGUGUUUCAUUAAGAACAGCAGUGUAAUAAAGCGAAGUCGAGUCAAGUUUGUGGCUUAUGAGCUCAAGCUGAACUUUGAAGUACUCAAACAAAUGAAGUUGAGCUCGAGCUGUUUUACUUGAACAUUUGCUGCUGAAUGAGCUGGGAAUUUGCUACUAUAUUGAAUGUGAAGAUUAUGCUGUCCUAAAUGUUCUUCUACUUUAGUUAAUUAAUGAGUAUACACCGUUUAUGUGUCUUUGUGUGUGUGUGUGUAUUCUUUCAACAAUUCAAAAUGCUAAUUUCUUACUGUAUUCAAGUUAGGCAUGGACUCUGUUGAUAGAUUUAAGACGAUUGUUAAGAUAAGAAGCAAAAGUCUACAUUCAUGUCCAGUUAGUGUCAAGUACGUAUAGUCAGGUUUUUGUAUUUUUUGCGGAACUUGACAAGGAGUGAAUGAUGCUUGACAUAAUUAGAGUCUUGUAAUAAGUACAAUUCUAUUGCUAGAUUCGAACUGACUGCAAAGCAUUCAAUAGAAUAUUUUUUCUGCUGGAGACUUUGCUUGUGCACUUUUUUGCUUUCUGCAUGUUUCCUGGUGUUUAGCUGAUAUUUUUUGAAAUGAUUGAAAAGGAACACCCUCCCCCGACCCUCCCAAAAAGAAAAGGAAGUAGUCAGGUUCUGGAUUGUAGGUUCAAUGCUUGUUAAUAUAAUCAAUGUGGAGAUGAUUUCAGCUGCACAGGAACUCAAAAGAAAUGUUGAUUCGAUCAUACCCUGUGGUAUUCAGAAAUGAAUUCUCCUUCACUUGGGAACUAGUGCUUGACUAGGAGAAGAUUACUGAUGGCAGCUUCAGCUGAAGAAUAUGCGGCGUUUGAAGAAAGGGUGAGAAGAACAGUCUAUAUGGAUAACCUGUCACCUCAGGUGACAGAGAAUGUUCUGAAAGCCGCUUUGGAUCAAUUUGUCAAUGUCGUAAAUGUCCAAUUCAUUCCCAACUAUAUCAACCCACAGAGCCUCCCACGAGCUGCUUUGGUGGAGAUGGAAACUCUGAAUCAGGCCUCUGCGAUCAUUGCUGAGAUUGCUGAUUCCCCUUUUAUGGUUCUUGGGAUGCCAAGACCUGUCAGAGCAUGCGCUGCAGAAGUAGAAAUGUUUGACAGUCGUCCAAAGAAACCUGGCAGGAAGAUCACUUACAAGUGGCUGGACCACGAAGAUCCUGAUUUUGAGGUUGCCAGGAAGAUUAAGGUUUUGACCAGAAAGCAUGCUGCUGAAACCGAAUUCCUGCUCAAUCAGCAUCAACUCAAGGAGGAGGAAAACCUUGCAAACCAGCAGCUGGAGACCUUGAAAGCGCACUAUAAGAAAUAUGAGUUGAUAGAUGGUGUCCUAUCUGACAAUACUGCCAAGAAAUUAGCAGAUCGAUACAGGAUACCUCUUUCAGAUGCUUGAAAGAGUUCCUCUUCAAUUUGAUUUAGCAUGUGAACAUUUGUGGUAGCUGUAUAUGCUGUUUGCGCUUCGU